AGAACAGAAACUAACGGGCAAGUGCCACGCAACGCGGUGGGUCUCCAGCAGGCGGCAGUAAGACUCUUCAUUCAUCUGCGACUGAGGACACGCGAAACAGGAAGUAUGGCUCCUUAUGGCUUCCGUACUACGGAAUACACAAGCAAAGACGGGCACUCUUCACUCCGGGCGUCGGCAGGUCAUGUGACCACAAACUUCCGGCCCCCGGCCCCCAAGGUUUUCCCCAGCUCUUAGGUGUCCUACAGAAGUGCGUGCUCGGGCUUAUCGCAGUUCGAGGCCGCCGGAGGCGUGGCCUGGGCCGGCUCUGAUUUGAGAGUGCAGCCCCUGGAACAUGGAGGCUCCCCUGGAGGGGAAGGCGCCCGCGGCGGCGCUGGCCGCCGUGUUGAAGCACAGUUCGGCACUACCGUCCGAGAGCGCCCAGGUCCGGGGCUACGACUUCAACCGCGGCGUGGACUACCGCGCACUGCUGGAGGCCUUCGGCACCACUGGUUUCCAGGCCACUAACUUCGGGCGCGCGGUACAGCAAGUGAACGCCAUGAUAGAGAAGAAACUGGAGCCACUGGAUCAGAAUGAAGACCAACAUGCUGACCUGACCCAGAGCCGGCGCCCACUCACCGGCUGCACCAUUUUUCUGGGCUACACAUCUAACCUCAUCAGUUCAGGCAUCCGUGAGACCAUCCGUUACCUUGUGCAGCACAACAUGGUGGAUGUUUUGGUGACCACGGCUGGGGGUGUGGAGGAGGAUCUCAUCAAGUGCCUGGCGCCCACGUACCUGGGCGAGUUCAGCCUCAGGGGGAAGGAGCUACGUGAGAACGGGAUCAACAGGAUUGGAAACCUGCUGGUGCCCAACGACAAUUACUGCAAGUUUGAGGACUGGCUGAUGCCCAUUCUGGACCAGAUGGUGCUGGAGCAGAACACGGAGAGUGUGAAGUGGACGCCUUCUAAGAUGAUUGCCCGGCUUGGCAAGGAGAUAAACAACCCAGAAUCGGUGUAUUACUGGGCCCAGAAGAACCACAUCCCUGUGUUGAGCCCGGCACUCACAGAUGGCUCGCUGGGUGACAUGAUCUUCUUCCAUUCCUAUAAGAACCCAGGCUUGGUCCUAGAUAUCGUUGAAGACCUGAGGCUCAUCAACACACAGGCCAUCUUCGCCAAGCGUACUGGGAUGAUCAUCCUGGGCGGUGGUGUGGUCAAGCACCACAUCGCCAACGCCAACCUCAUGCGGAACGGGGCUGACUACGCCGUCUACAUCAACACAGCCCAGGAGUUUGAUGGCUCUGACUCAGGUGCCCGGCCGGACGAAGCUGUCUCUUGGGGCAAGAUCCGGGUGGAUGCACAGCCUGUCAAGGUCUAUGCUGAUGCCUCCCUGGUCUUCCCGCUGCUCGUGGCUGAAACCUUUGCCCAGAAGGUAGAUGCCUUCACGACCGAGAAGAACGAGGACUGAACACUAGAUGGCGCAGCCCCAGGGAGGCCUCACCCCCUCCUUUAUUUAUUAGCUUGCAGACCCAGCCUGUUCCCACUCUUUGGUCAGCAGCAUGUCUGGAAUAAAUGGUGUUGUGGUUCUUCUCA